UUGGCAUAUAAGCGUGGCCCAGCCAAUCAGGUCGGCGCAAUUGCCAAGUGGGGCAAAAGUUGGGUCUUCUCACGCUAGCGCCAGACGCACGGGCCGCGCACUUGGCAAGUUCAAGCAUUUAGAACCGCCUCUCUUCCCUCUCCGUCGCUCUUUUGCCCCAUCCUGUCCUCCGACAACCACCACCUCUGUCUUCUUUGUCAUAGCAACCAGCCAGCUCACACAAACACUCACCUCCAAAACACAACCUUCCAACGCCAGCAGCACCAGCAAUCCACCCCCUAGGAGACUCUAUCACCUAUAGACACCUGCUUCGAAUCCACACCUCGGCCUCUCAAACUUCACUUUUCUCGAGCCUUCGACCACCUCACCCACACACUACCCGAACAGCAACCGUGGCAGUUUCUUAGCAAUGGCGAAUUCACCCAAUAAACGAAGCAGUAGUAGUAGUAGUAAUCGCAGCAGCGCUUCCUCCACCUCCAAUGUGCGAGCCAGCGCCUACGUUGUGAACGCCUCUACCGCCGCCCUCACCGGCUUCCACUACUCCACUACGGGGGCUGGCGGGGCAGAGUGUCCCCCCCUCGCCGCCCGCCACCACCACGCAGCUUCGCCGCUCGUCAAGUCGACGACCGGAGGGCUGAGGGCGCGCAGAGGGGGGGCUGCAUACACCAUUAAGGAAGAGUGUGAGAGACUCUUCUGCGAGACACUGGGCUCUGUUUUCCUGGUUGAGGGGAAACUGGACCGUCAGGACUCGCUAGUAAUGGGUGUGCAAAAUACAAAUGCGUCGCAACACUCGUCUUCGACUACCGCUGCUGUCAACACCAACAGCGACUACGGCGUCGAUGUGCGCUAUGCCGAUCGUAUCAUGGACUCGCCGCCUGCCAUGGCGGUGAGAGACAUGGAUUUGGUGCAGAACCCCGAGGGAUGCGGCUUGGUCACCGAGUGGAUCGAGAUGUGGGAUUACGUGGGCGGGAUUCGUUUCCGUGGCUUCGUUGCCGACAAGGAUGGCGAGAAGACCAUGUUUGUCUUCUUUGACCAGACCGUCAUUCGCGAGAAGAUCAAGCCUGGACUCAUGGCUCUCCUCGAACUCUGCGAUAUCCCUUACUUCUCUUGCCCCCGUCUCAUGCUCAGUAUCGAUCGCGAUACCGCGACUUCGGAUAUGGACGCCCUCGUUAAAGAUCUGGGCUGGAUCGGGUUUCAACUCACCACCUUGAGCGACUUUUCCGACGACGUCGAUCUCAUCAGCGACAAAUGGCUGUUCAUGGACAUGGAGACUUGAUAGGAGUGAUUUCUCAUCUUUGCCUUUCUCUUCUUUAUUCGAAAAGUUAGUGCGCUUGCUGGCGGGAUAUUGGCUUUUGUGUUUUUUCAAGUCAGUUUGCGGAAACGUGUGUGGUCCUACUGCAUCUCUUCCCUUUCUUCCCACGGUUAAAGAGAACGGGUAUUCACCUAAGCCUUGAUUUGUUCUGGGCGU